GCAAUGCUCACGCACGCUAGACAACGCUCCUUCUCUGAUCGCAUGCACUGAAUAAUGUAGGUGUCUGUUCUCUGUUGGGUACUGAAACACACAGCAAGCAGGCUGUAGCCCAGUAUCUACACUACGCAGGCAUCACACUGUAGGUAACCUGCUGCUGCCACAACAAACCGUCGCCCGGUGUAUUUAAAACGAGGCAUGCGCAAAUAUGCAAUUGUGGAGACGAGUGAAAUGCCUAUAUAGCACGGUCCCCCAACUGGCGUCCCGCUGCUGAAUCUAGUUGAUGAUCCCUGCUGUAUAGCCUUCAGUCCUGCUGAUUUGAAUAGUAUCAAGCCCGUGAUCAGAGCAACAGACGGCUCUCUGGGGAUCUCAUUUUCAUCCUCUUCAGUCCUCCAUGUGAGACAAGCAGGAUGGGCUGUUCCACGAGUACCCAGACUACAGCGCAGGACACCACCAGACAGCCCAGCUCCAAACCCGAGGAAAGCAAUGGAACCAGCACUACAGGGGCGGCUAAUGAGAACGGUAAGGUUGCGGAGGACAGUGAGACCAUCCCAGAUCAGACAGUGACCGUAGCAGCCACAGGAGGGGAGGCCCAGUCUGCUCCGGCUGCAGCCCAAGCCGAGGCUCCUGCAGACACCACAGACCCGGCCCCUGCAGCGGAGGCCCCGGCCCAGAGUGAGACCCAGCCUGCAGCCGAUGCUCCUGCAGCAGCCACUUCCCCCGAGCAGCCAGCCAGCUCUCCAGAGCCUCCCCCUGCAGCCCAGGACCCAGCUGAGGCCACAGCUGAGGCCGAUACAACUGCAACCAGCCCCUAGUCAGGGAAAUGAAGCCGGUCUUCCCAAUGUUGUGGAUGAAGAAUCUGCAUGAAUGUCCUAAUUUGAAAGCGAGAGAGGAUGACAAUAUAUACACACCAGUUGCCUGUUGCCAAGCUGCAGACCAGCUGAUCUCUGUGACCAGGAUCAAUGGGUCAUCACUGUGCCUUUUUCCUCUGUAAAUACUCUAUUUUCUAUUUAGUUGUAUUAUUAGCAUCGUUUAUAAAACAUUCAUUAGAUAAUUGCUUCAAAGUAACUUAUAAAUGCUUAUUAACUAUUGCUUGAAUCUAAAAAUCUACAUUUCUGGUGAGUUCGUAUUACAGCCUUGUAACGAUGUGGGAAAUCAAGUAUGAGGGGAAUCAAGUAUGAGGGAAAUCAAGUAUGAGGGGAAUCAAGUAUGAGGGAAAUCAAGUAUGAGGGGAAUCAAGUAUGAGGGGAAUCAAGUAUGAGGGGAAAUCAAGUAUGAGGGGAAAUCAAGUAUGAGGGGAAAUCAAGUAUGAGGGGAAAUCAAGUAUGAGGGAAAUCAAGUAUGAGGGAAAUCAAGUAUGUGGGAAAUCAAGUAUGUGGGAAAUCAAGUAUGUGGGAAAUCAAGUAUGAGGGAAAUCAAGUAUGAGGGAAAUCAAGUAUGAGGGAAAUCAAGUAUGAGGGAAAUCAAGUAUGAGGGAAAUCAAGUAUGAGGGGAAAUCAAGUAUGAGGGGAAAUCAAGUAUGAGGGGAAAUCAAGUAUGGGGGAAAUCAAGUAUGAGGGGAAAUCAAGUAUGAGGGGAAAUCAAGUAUGAGGGGAAUCAAGUAUCAGGGAUUAAGCGACCAACACUAAUUUGUCAGAAUUAUUCAUUCAGGAACAACUUGAAUCCAUUUACUCACACAUAUUUGAGAAAUGAAGCCAACAACUAUUAGACAUUUAAAUGAUGUUGUUUUUACAGCUGGCUUGGACUGUACAACCAUAAUAUGACCAUGUUACAACCAUGUUAUAACGGUUUGAAUAAAACAGUUUCUGAACUCAA